CGACCAUUGCGGAUGCGGAAUUUGUUGACAACGUACACAGCGGCUAACACGACAUCGACGACGACGACAACAUCACUUCGCGAACCUUUUUUGACGUUAUUUUCGGUUUAGUGUUGUUGCUGUUGUUUGUUGUUGUUUUUUUUUCGAAAUUGUUUCUCAUUGCGGUUACAGUGUCAAGAAGUAUUAGCAAGCAGCCAACCAACAAUCCAUCCGACUACCAUCAUCAUUAUUAGAGGUGGCGGUAACAACAACGAAUAUUGUGUGUUGAGCUUCGAGUUUGUGUUCGUUCCCAAGAGUGGAUGCUUUCAGUGCGUUUCUGAACUUAGAAAUCAGCGCGUCAUUUAACGCUUUAUAUCGAACAUUGUGCCUUUUGUAUUGUUGCCGUCUGUUGGUGUUGCCAUCAUCAAUGUCGCACAACUAACAACACACCAAUGUAUGCUUGAAAGAACGGACGGACGGUCGGUCAAUCAGUUAGUCGCUAAAAGUCGUACGCGUUCGUUAUUAUUAUUUUCUCACAUAGAACAUCCGCCGUAGAAAUUCUUUGUGUCUUCCACGAUCUCUUCUAAUUACACCAACAACUACAACAACAAUUUUACAAUGCAAAGAGCCAUAGUGACAUAAAUUCAAUGCGGCCGCAAUUUUAUACUGACGAAAAAAUAGAAUAGAAAGCGCCAAUUUUAAAAAGAAAAAAGAAAACGCAAAAAAAUUCUUAAAAGAGAAAAACAAAAACAAACAGCCGCAACCUUAAAUAAAAGUGGAUGAAUUAUCAAACAUUACUUCAAAGACGAAUCAGCAAAUAAAUAAAGGAUACAAAACCAAAGUCGGUUUACUAAUUCAUCACCAGAAAUUUCUAAUAGUGGGGGCCGCACAACGACGGGCGUCAACAACGGCCGACGCGAAUAGUGUCACCGUGUAAGAGUAUCGCAUCGUAUGCAGGCAGGCAAAAUGACCGACACAAUGAGUUCGGCCGGUCAAAUGGAGCUCUCGCUCAAAGAUAAUGGACUCAUUGUUGAUAUGUCAACGACAGCCUCUCUAUUGCAUCACAACACAUUAGCCACACACGCCCAUGCCUUGCGUAGCCUUAAGGAACACCAUCAGCAGCAGCAACAACAGCUACUCCAUCAUCACAGCUCUGAGGAUCAAUCCUCCUCGUCCUCCGAUAAUGGAGGCGAGAAGACCAUCACACCCAUCUCCACACCCGUCACAGCCAAUGUCAGUAUAUCGCCCACAAAUCUAUCAACGAACAAUUCAAACGCCUCCAAUAAUGCAUCAUCAGUAACUACAUUCCGUUGUGAACGCUGUGACAAUUUCGAGACGAGCUCUCGGGCCACCCUGCUGCUGCAUGUGGUGCAAUGUCUAUCGAAUUCGGCUGCUGUGGCAGCACGCCUUAAAAACGAGGAUGGUGAAGCGGAAAAUCUGCAGGGUUCGGCCUCAAGCUCGGGUGGAGAGAACAAUCAUGGGUCUGUGGUGUCAGGCGGUGGGGUGGUCAGCGCCCUGGCCAAUGGCAGUAAUUGUAGUCCAGUGGCGACCAAUUCCACGAAUUCGUCUCAACAAGCCUCCCGCAAAGUGUUCGAAUGCGAUGUGUGCAACAUGAAAUUUUCCAAUGGUGCGAAUAUGAGACGCCACAAAAUGCGCCACACUGGCGUCAAGCCUUACGAGUGUCGGGUGUGCCAAAAGAGAUUCUUCCGCAAAGACCAUUUAGCGGAGCAUUUUACCACACACACCAAAACGCUGCCGUACCAUUGUCCCAUUUGCAAUAGGGGUUUCCAAAGGCAAAUAGCCAUGCGGGCCCAUUUCCAGAACGAACAUGUGGGCCAGCAUGAUCUCGUCAAGACGUGUCCUCUGUGCAGUUAUCGGGCGGGUUCUAUGAAAUCCUUGAGAAUACAUUUCUUCAAUAGACAUGGCAUUGACUUGGAUAAUCCUGGACCGGGCGGUUCUUCGUCGCUGUUACUCGCUCUGGAGUCACAGGCAUCACAGGUGGCUGCCGCCGCUGCUGCUGCCGGUUAUGUGCCAACCGGAUUGAAUGCCGUAGCAGCAGCGGCUGCAGCUGCUGCCAAUGCUGUCAAUUCGAGCGCUGCCAUUGUUUCGGCCGCCAACAGUAUGCCCAGCCACCAGAGCGACAGCGGCGAAUCGCUACGUUCCCUGGAGAAUGCGACACCGCCCAUGCAUUUCCUAACGCCCCAUGUGGAGAUCUCAACCCUGCCGGACAAUGGCCUCUCGGAUAACGCCAUGUUCAAUGGUCACUCCACAACCAACAACAGCAACAACAACAACAAUAGCAACACAACCAACCCAGCCACAGCCAGCGUCAACUCCAAUUCGUCGAACCACAACAACAGCCACAAUAACUGCAGCAGCGGCGGUACCACAACAUCAUCGGCCGGCAGUACCACUGGUGAUUUGGGCCCGCAUGAUCGUGACUCCCUGAUGCAAUCGCCGGUGCCGCUGACCAUUAGUAUGCCACCACAGGAGCAUCCCUUAGAUUGUAAUGCCAAAUCGUUGCCUUCAAGUACCAGUAGCAGCACAAGCAGCAGCGCCAGUGUGGGAAGCGCCGUAGCCGGUUCAGCUUUGUGUGGUGCCUUGACUUCCGUAUCGCCGAAAAAUCAUCAUGAGAAUCAUAUAACACCCUCGAUUAGUUUAAUACCCAUUAAGCAGGAACCACCCAGUGAGGAUAGUGGAAAGACCAAUAUCAAUGGUGAUGCCAUGAAUGGUGGCGACAGCAGUGAAUCGGAAUUUUCGACACCCAAUACCCGGCUAACAUCCCUUAUCAAGUUUUUGAACUUUUCGUCCUGUCAGGUGUCUCCCCUGAAGUCGUUGCUGCGGGAGGAUCUUAAACGGCGCAUUUGUGCCAAGGCCAAUAAUCGCAUAACGCGUAAUGCUGCCUCCAUGGAAAAUAACAAUGUGAUACAGAGCAGUCUAACGCCCACAUGUGGAGCAGCGACCUCCUCAACCACGCCCAUUUGCAAUGGAACUAUAACAUCGACAGGACCCGAAAGCGAUUCGGGUGGCUUGAAUCGUAAACAGAUACUCACUUGCCUCUUCUGUGGCAUCGAAUUCCCCGACGAGACUUUAUAUUUCCUGCACAAGGGUUGCCAUUGUGAAAGUAAUCCCUGGAAGUGUAACAUUUGCGGGGAACAAUUGAACAAUGUGUACGAGUUCAAUGCCCAUCUUUUGAGUAAAAGUCAUCAAUAGCAACCAAUGCAUAAGGGUGUCUUGACAUCUGUGGGCAAAGAUUAGACAAAAAGCAGAGCGCUAGGAUAUAUGGAAGCGAAAUCAUAGCGCCACCUUGCAACUAAAAGGUUAUAUUUUGAGCAAGAGGCAUUUUCUGUUUUUUUUAUUGUUUUUAUUUCUUUAGAAUUUAUCAUGAUGGUUUUCUUUUUUUUAUAUACAUACAUAAUACAUAUAUACAAACAUGAUUUUAUAUAUAUACAUAAAAAUUGUUUGUCUUUUUUCUUAAUUUUAAAGUUUUUGUUUGUUAUUCAUAUCGUAUAUUAAUUAAUUGUAGAUAUUGUAAGUUUAGAAAAAAGGAUACAAAAAAACAACAAAAUCAACUUUUUAAAGCAAGCAAACAAAACCUAAACAAAAAAAAACAAAAACAAAUCGUGGGCAAAGGCAAUAUUUUAAGUAACAAAAAUUUAAACAACAAAAAAAACUCUAAAACAAAUUACAAAAACAAAACAAACAUUGGAGUGUGAUAGUUAGUCGUUAGAUUUUAACAAAAAUGAUGAAAAAACAAAGAACAAAAAUUAUAACACAAUCUACAAUAUAAAACAUUAUAGAUUUUUAAUUGAUGACAACAAAACCAACAACAACGCAUUACAAGAAAUAAUUAAAACAAAUUAUAAGAGAAAAUAGUUGCACUUGUAUUUUUAACAAAGAAACAAAAUAGUUGACAUAAUUCUGCAAGAAUACAAUUUUUUUAAUUUUUUGUUGAAAAGAAAAAAACUUUCUGCUUUUCAUUUUUCUCCUUAAUAAAAUGGAAAGAAACAUUGAACUUGAUUGAUGAUGGUAACCCUAAUUGUCCAGGGUUAUGUUUCUGUGCAAAGUUUGGUGACGAUUUGUUAAGUUAGUAGUUCUUGUUUUAGCAAAAAUCUAUUGGGAAGGAGCCAUGGGGAAAGGAAUGGUUAAAUUUCAAAUUAGAUAUUAAAAGAAAGAUUUUUUAAUAUUAAGAGUUUUUAAUGUUUGUCAUUGAUGCUAUGGCUUGGUCUUUAUAACUUAAAGCCAGUGCUUUGAUGCAGCAACAUUUAGUUUCAGACGUACUUUUUAGUAAAAAAGUUCAGGAUUUCCAUAUUCCAUGUCAAAAUAGAAAUUGUCUUUCCGUGAGCGAAACUUAAAAUGCUUGUGUCCCCCAAUAUUGUAGUCAUGGGUGAUAAUUACCCGUGAACUUCGAAAAAUCGAUGUGGGUUUAAAAAUGUAAUUGAAAUUUUAAUUUUAUUCCAUAAACUUAAAAUGCUUGUAGCUCUUAGGAUAGUAGCGUUGCUUUGCAAAACCGGGUACUGCUAAAUGAUAUAUAAAAAUGUAGGUUCUGUUUUAACCAUUACAUGAAUUAGAACAAGCAUUAAAGAAAUUAAAGUUUGAAAAGAUUGGGAAUGAUGCUUCGACUUGUACUUUAUGCAUUUAUGGCGGAGUCUUUUUUGUACCAGCAACAGUUAUUUUGGAGUUAACAAAAAAAAAUUUAAUUUUUCAUGUAAACACCUCAUAUUCUUCCUAACUACUGAUUUGUUUGGUGAACUAAACUUAAAAUGCCUGUAUCUCCCAAUAUUGUAGUCAUUCGUGUACGACGAUUAGUUGUAAUCCUUAAAUAACUAAUAUUGCAUUAAAAAUUUAAAACAAAUUUCAAUUUCAUUCCAUAAACUUAAAAUGCGUGUAACUCUUUAAAUAAACGCCCCGAUUUGCCAAACGGGGUUCUGGAUUGUAUUCAAGAAUUCCUGCUUAGCCUUUACAGGAAGUUAUCUAUGGAAGACUCGUUUAUCUUUUCCACACAAGCAUAUCAUUAAGUGGUGACCGCAAGUUGAGCUUAUUCUACUGUUUAGCUGAGCUUAUCCUACUAUUGAGAUAUCUUACUGUCUCCAAGCAAUUCCCAAGGAUGAUUUUGAAGCUCCAGUCUAUACAUUGUAUUUGUAUUUCAUUUUUGGGCUUAUGGAUGGUUGUUAAGAAGAUCAGAAGAAGUGGAUUAGUUCUUGUACAGCUUAUGGAAGCCUAAACACUUGAAUGCUUCAUUCAACACUUCAAAUAGGUGUUUGGUAUAAUUAAGCUUAAUUGUUAAGAAUCAUAACACACAAACAACGAAAAAUGACGCAAACUCUAGCAAUAAACACAAAAUCAGAAUUGAACUAAUCACUGAUUUUGACAGAUAGUGCACUCAAUAUUUUUUUGUUGGGCAACUGCUCCUUGGCGUUAAUACCGUUGAUAGAUAGAUAGGAUCGCGAAUCGCUUGAUUGACAACAAACAACACAAAACCUGACAAUUACAUAGGAAAUGCUCUAAUGUCUCACCAUCUUCCGCACAUGCUAUCAUUUGCCACACCUAUUCUACAUAAGUGCAAGUGCACUCGUAGUCAUGUGUCCCGUAAUUAUAUCGAAAUCUAUACUGAACUCCUUACUUCAUUUCAGUAAUAGACUCGUCUUCUCACGAUUCGUAUCUGGCGAAAGCCUUGGCUUGAUUUGAUAAUAUAUGGGCUGAUUCCAAAUCUGUUUUCGUACUGCGGAUCCAUGUAUUUCUCGGGCGUUCCCUCCUAUGCUGUCCUUGUGAGUUGCAGUUAAGCACAAUUCUCUCUAUAUUAGAGUCGGCGUAGUAUACGACUCAAUCAAGUCCAUUUUUCUUUCGCAUUUCUACAUAGACAGAGGUUGCUUUCGUUCUUAGCUGCAAUUCUUCAUUUGAAAUUCGGUUUGGCCCGAAAAUUUUAAGUAUUUGUCGUAUGCAACGAAUUAUAAACACUUGGAUUUAGCGGGUAGUCGCUUGGUCAAGGCCCAAGUUAUAUAAUAAUACAGAUUUCACACUACAGUUGAAAGUUCUGACUUCUGUCUUAUAUGAGAUGUCACUGCAUUUCCAAAGUUUGUUGAGUUUAAGAAAGGUACUGCUAGCUUUGUUGAUGCGUUCGCGGAUAGCUGCAUUCGAUUCUUCGCGCUUUGUAAUUUUGCUGCUAAGAUAGGAAAAGUUAUCAACAUCUUCAAUGAAAUGGCCGUUUAUGGUGAGUGGGGUCACAUUUGAUGUGCCUAUCUUCAUAAACCUGGUCUUAGCUAUGUUAAUUUUCAAACACCUACCUUCCAAUUUUGCUUUCAUUUGAUCAAAGCGACGAGAAAAGAAGCAUAUGUCAUCCACGUACUCGAUGUCCCCAAGGCAGUCAGUAAUACCCCAGCUAAUGCCGUAGAACGCCUUAGCAUUCGUUACCUCUGAAGAAGUAUGGGGGGAAUGUUCCAAUAAGUAUAAUAUUAACAAGUAGUUGGACGGCGAUGAUAAUGAUGAUAAAAGGAAAAUUAGUGACAACACCACCCAGGCAGAUUGAAUGAUUCCGACGUGAGUGUACUGUAUGAGAAAGCUUGUCAUUCCACAGGAUUGGGGAAUAACAAACGUUUUGAAAAACACAGCACCGAUUGUGGUAGCAGAAAAUAAAAAAACCACAACACCGUAAUAUUUUCAGUAAACGUUAUAAUGUCGAUUUUAUUG